AUGGGCGACUGGAACUUCCUCGGGGGGAUUUUGGAGGAGGUGCACGUCCAUUCCACGACGGUCGGCAAGAUCUGGCUCACCGUCCUGUUCGUCUUCCGCAUGCUGGUCCUGGGCGUGGCGGCGGAGGACGUGUGGACCGACGAGCAGGCCGACUUCAUCUGCAACACCGAGCAGCCCGGCUGCAGGAACGUGUGCUACGACCACGCGUUCCCCAUCUCCCUCAUCCGCUACUGGGUGCUGCAGGUCAUCUUCGUGUCAUCCCCCUCGCUGGUCUACAUGGGCCACGCCCUCUUCAGGCUGCGGGCGCUGGAGAACACCCGGCAGAAGAAGAAGGCUCUGCUGCGGAAGGAGCUGGUCGGCGUGGAGCUGGCGGGCCAGGAGGUGAAGCAGCUGGACCAGGGGAAGCUGACCAAAGCCCCCCUGAGGGGGUCCCUGCUGCGCACCUACGUGGCCCACGUCCUCACGCGCUCCGCCGUAGAAGUGGCCUUCAUGACGGGCCAGUACCUCCUGUACGGCUUCCGCCUCCAACCGCUCUUCAAGUGCGAGCGGGACCCUUGUCCCAACGCGGUGGACUGCUACGUUUCCCGGCCGACGGAGGUGUUCACGGUGUUCAUGCAGUGCGUCGCAGCCGUCUCCCUCUUCCUGAACAUCUUGGAGAUCACGCACCUGGGCUGCAAGAAGGUCAAGAAGGGCAUCUUGGACUUCUACCCUCACAUGAGGGACGAGAGGGACGAACUGGACGACUACCAUCACAACAAGUGCAAAAAAGGCACAACCCCGGACCCCCGUCCUCCAGCUGCAAAACAUCGCUUAAAUACCCCAUUGGAGUAAUGAAACAGACAUCUUUAAAUGCUUUUGGUGACAUUACAAAGAUAAACUGAGGACCUUGUAUAGUAUGUUUUAUAUAUUUUUCAACUGUUUUUGGAACAAACUUGUAUUCUAUUGUGACUGAGUGCAUGCACCGCAACCCAAUGAGCAUGAACAAUGACCAUCCGACUGGUCCAACACAAGACCAGGCCUGCACUGUCUUUUCAUUGAAGUGUGACAUAUAAACAUUGCAUCCAGAUAUUUGUGAAGAAAAUAUGGUUUAGUCUGAAGUUUGUAGUUCAAUUCCAUCUCUGUAUGUUUUAGGGCAUCAGCAGGGAGCUGUAGUUUUCACUAGUCAAGUUUCCCCCAAGCAUAUCAAUAAGCAGAUAAACAUUACUGUCGAUAGUUUUGACUCUAAAAUGACUAAAUCAGAUUAAACCUGGUAGAAAACCGGAUGUUCUCUGGUCUCCAAUGUCUUCAUUUGUCUCUAUAAUGUUAUCUCAUUUCUAUACUUGUUUGUUUCCUGAGAAGAUUGUUAAUUUUGCCUUUAGAGUAGAAAGUAAUGUGUUAUAA